AUGCCUUUGGAGAAGGCGCUCGAUGCGCUGAACCUGCGCCGGGUGAAGGUUGACGAAAAGACCGGCGCGUGCGAGGUAUCGUUCCGUUGGACCCAGUCGUCGCUCUCCCCGAUGGGAAUGUUCUGGGGCGGCGUGCAGCUCGCCUGGGGGUUCGCGCUCGUUCACUACAUAUUCUACGGUCUGUUCGCGUCGAUCUUCGUAUACGCGUACGGAAGGCACGACUGGCGCGUGCUCGCCGCGUGCGUCGCCGCGAUCGCCCUGUACCUACCCUCGUUCCUAGACGGGAGCGAGUUCAAGCUCGGGAGACCGUGGGACGCGCUGCGGACGCACCCGAUCUGGGCGCUGUCGCAGGCGUACUUCCCCGCGCGCUUGAUUCGCACCACGCCGCCGUUGGACCCGACGAAGAAGUACGUGUUCGGCUGGCACCCGCAUGGCAUACUCAUCCUGAGCCGCAUACACGUCUACGGCGGCGUGUGGGAAACGCUCUUCCCGGGCGUCGACGUUCGAGUCCUCGGAGCGUCGCCAAUGUUCAAGGUGCCGGGGUGCCGCGAGAUCUGCCUCUGGAUGGGGGCGGUCGACGCGGGGCGGAAAACGGCGGAGCGCGUGCUGCGCGCGGGAAAGAGCAUGGCGGUGUACCCGGGAGGAAGCGUGGAGAUCUUCGACACCGAUCCGAACUCGCGGGAGACUCGGUGCCACCUGGCACGGCGUAAAGGGUUCGUGAAACUCGCCAUCGCGCACGGCGCUUCGCUCGUCCCGGUGUUCGUCUUUGGGGAGAAGCGGUGCUAUCGCAGGCUGAACGUGCCGUCGAAGGUGAGGCACUGGCUGCUGAGGACGCUGAAGAUCCCGCUCAUCGUGUUCUGGGGACGUUGGUUCACCUGGUAUCCCAUCGCGUCGCCGCAGACGGUUGUGUUUGGUGCGCCCAUCGAGGCGCCCGAGUUGGACCCGGGGACGGAGCCGACGGAGACGCAGGUUGACGAGUUACACGCCAGGUACACCGCCGCGGUGGUCGAGCUGUACGAGAAGCACAAGGCGGACGCGGGAUACGGGCCGGAGGAGACGUUGAAGAUCGUCUGA